UCCCGCAGGUUUGAUUUGACAACAGAAAGCUGGGCGGCGUCCUCUCACUACGCACAAGACGGGCUUUACAAUACAGAGUAGAAAUGCAGAGAUAGGUUUGGAGUGAAAACACGGCAGAUAUGCAGGAUGACAACCAGCAAGUAGGACUUGUCGUAUUUGACUCUGGCUCUUGACUCGCUUUAUUAUUUAACCAAAAAUCGGGGCUUACUUUUUUGCAACGCUUACCCGUAAAAAAAACACUGUUUGGAGAGAGAUCGUUUUUGGGGGAAAAUGAGGGAAAAGUCUUGGAGCUGGAAUAUUUCCGCUGGACGGAUACGUUGAUCUUUUGUAAAUGUUCUCAGUGUCGGUAACAACAUCUGCUCUGUUAUCCAAAAGUAAAAGAAACAUGGGAAUGAGUAACCGAGCCCUGUAAAAUAUAAUUAAAUUAAAGGGCGCUGUGUUUUUUUUCGCUACACCUGCCUUCUAAUCACACGACAGACUGGUGGAUAGACUUGCUGAUGCCAACAACGCCAGAUUGCCUAUAUGGCAGGAUCAUGAAGUUUUUGACGUUUAUCCUUUUACUUCCAGAAACCUUAAAGAGGACUAAAAAGGGUGGAAAAGAACUCAGCAAGCUGCCAGUAUGCUAUGAAAUCGUGACUUUGUCCUUGAGGAAGAAGAUGGCUGCAGAACUAUAUCCUGCCAGCAUAAAUACCAACCUCCCGAACAGCAACAGCACCGCGGUAACCGCUGCCAGCAAAAAGACCAUCGUUGAAGUCACUCAGACGGUGACCACCCCGACCACGACAGCCACUCAGCAGAACAUCAACAAUAACAACGUAGAGACCGCCAGCUGGCAGUCAACUCACCCGACACUGCGCGAGAGGAAUGCUUUGAUGUUCAAUAACGAACUCAUGGCGGAUGUUCAUUUUGUUGUGGGUCCUCCUGGUGCCGCGCAAAAAGUUCCAGCACAUAAAUAUGUGUUGGCGGUGGGGAGUUCUGUAUUUGGUGCCAUGUUUUAUGGUGAUCUAGCUGAAGGAGAAUCAGAGAUUGAGAUUCCUGACGUAGAGCCUGCUGCUUUUUUAAUCCUUUUAAAGUACAUGUACAGUGAUGAGAUUGAACUGGAUGCGGACACGGUGCUGGCCACUCUGUACGCUGCCAAAAAGUAUAUAGUGCCUGCGCUGGCCAAGGCCUGUGUCACCUUUCUGGAGACCAGCCUGGAGGCCAAAAAUGCCUGCGUGCUGUUGUCGCAGAGUCGGCUGUUCGAGGAGCCCGAAUUGACCCAGAGGUGUUGGGAGGUCAUUGAUGCUCAGGCCGAGCUGGCCCUUCGCUCUGAAGGCUUCUGUGAGAUUGAUCUUCAGACCUUGGAGAUCAUAAUGAAGCGUGAGACUCUCAACACCCGGGAGGCCAUCGUCUUCCAGUCCGCUCUUGACUGGGCCCUGGCCGAAUGCAAAAGGCAGGGACUAGGGCCGACGGCUCGUAAUAAAAGGGCAGUGCUGGGGAAGGCACUGUACUUGGUUCGCAUCCCCUCUAUGACCCUGGAGGAGUUUGCGAACGGGGCUGCGCAGUCAGACGUUUUAACGCUGGAAGAGACUCAUGAUAUCUUUCUGUGGUACACUGCAGCCAAUAAACCCAAGCUGGAAUUCCCACUGCAGAAAAGAAAGGGUCUGACGCCACAGCGCUGCCAUCGAUUUCAGUCGUCGGCUUACCGCAGCAACCAGUGGCGUUAUCGGGGACGUUGCGAUAGCAUCCAGUUCGCUGUGGACAAGAGGAUCUUCAUUGCCGGACUUGGUUUGUACGGUUCCAGUGGCGGAAAGGCAGAGUACAGUGUAAAGAUUGAACUCAAGCGCCAAGGAGUCACACUGGCCCAACACGUAACUAAAUUUGUUUCCGAUGGAUCCAGCAGCACUUUCUCCGUAUGGUUUGAACACCCGGUCCAGGUGGAGCAGGACGCCUUUUACACAGUCAGUGCCGUGUUGGAUGGGAAUGAACUUAGUUACUUUGGACAGGAGGGUAUGACAGAGGUGCAAUGUGGAAAGGUGACCUUUCAGUUUCAGUGUUCUUCGGACAGUACCAAUGGAACUGGAGUGCAGGGGGGUCAGAUUCCAGAACUGGUCUUUUAUGCCUGAAGUCCUCAGGACGUCCAUAUUGCAGUGCAUUCCGCUUAGUGGAUUAAGAUAGACCGAAAAAAGGAGUAUACAGGGUCUCAUGCCUUCAUAAUGUAGCAGUGAAGAACUCUAUGGUAAUGGCUCUUCGAUACCACAAACGACUCAGAUUUGGAUUUUAAAGGAAUGUUCUUCAGCUUUAUUUAUUGCAAAAUAUAAAUAUAUAUAUUUGAUUUAAUUAUUGAUGCUGCAGCAAGCAGAUCUAUAUAUAUAAAUAAAUGAAAUAGUUGUACUGCUCUGACAGUGGACAGAAGCCACUAGUAUUUCAUGUUUUGUACAUAACUUGAGGUCAGUUUGUUUUCAGCUUGAUUCUGACAGACAAAUGAAUUGUCUUGUAUUAGUGAUCAGCUUCCCAAACUGCAGAUUAUAAACGUUUUUUUUUUGUGACUCAAGUUCAGUGUUUUCUCUUGUCUUUGACAGUCACUCGUGCAAUGCAUCAGAUGCACAGCAUUAUCGUUUGAAUAUUGUCUGACAUCAUUCAUCAGCAUCAAAAACAAGACAGGUUGAACUUACUUUAUAAAAUAAACAAGGUUAUACACUUAUAUAUGGGAUCAUUAAGUCAUUUUGACUAUGAUAGCUUAAUUCAGCUGCUACUGAGGCUAUCCUGUGCUUCUUUUCAUGGGAAUUAUGUACAUUAUUUUCAAACAAAAAUUCGAAAAUGAACCUAAAUUCCCACACGAUAACCGCAGUGGGCUUGUGUAAAUGAGUCGGUGAUUAUUAAGUGUGGAUGAAAUAUUCAUCUUGAAAGGCCACAA